AUGAUUACGCGCUUACAGAGUAUUGGACUGGAAGAUAUCGCAGCCGAGUAUUUGGAGUAUAAUCGACCCAGUUUACAGAUCGAAGUAAUGAAGUUUACUGCAGUGUUUUUGAGUAUGGUAUACUAUGAUGAUGAUUUUAAAGCGAUGAAAUCAUGCACAGAGUUGCUCGAUUAUGGACGCUGGAGGGAAGAGUGUAAACUUGACAUCAAGCCAAUGGCUGAGAUUAUUGUUCAUGAGUCCGAUCAAGAAAUGCUCAGAUUGUCGAUUGACCUGUUCUCGGCCGUUUGCCAUAGCAUUGACGAUGAAAAUUUUGGCAUCGUGGUAUCAAGACUUGUUUCACGACUGGAGUCAUCCAAUGGUCUAGUUGCUGUUGGGUUUAUCAAAAAUCUUCAAACCAUAUUUUGUAAUAUCUAUCGUCAUGACCCAGUAAAAGCAGCUGAAUGUGGCAUCAUUCCAGCAGUAGUCAAUAUGCUCAGAGUUUUUGCGACUAUAAAGAUUGUGAAAUAG